GCUUCAUAUGCCUUUCUUAUUAUUUUCUAUUUCUUGUAAAAAAAACAACAACAAAAACCCAUUAGAUCUAAGUGUUGUUUCAAAGCUAAUUAUUGUACUGUUUAAAAUAUAACUAAGUGUUUUAGAAUUUAGAGUACACAUGGUAUUGAUAUGACCGGUAACUCGGAAACUAGCGGACCAUAAUGGCUGUAUCCGUGGUAUUUGUUUUGGACCAGGUCUAAGAUUAAAAUUGUUGCUAGUGCUGAAAUCACAUCCACUGAUCCGUUGUUUUUGUAGAUGGUGCUUAAGACACCACCAGUGAUGUCAGUAUUCAGUGGAUUAUCAAAAGUAAAUAAUCAUCUGUUCAUCUCCGGAGCACGAGCUGUCACCGAAGAGAAUGUGCGAAACCAUGGAAUUACUGCAAUAAUUAAUAUCACACUUACAUCUCCACCUCUUCCUCUUCCUGACCUUGAGUACAUUAGAAUACUGGUAGAUGACUCAACUCUGGUCGAUUUAACUCCACAUUUUGAUCCAGUUGCAGAUAAAAUAAAUGAAGUUAAAGAAAAGGGUGGGAAAACCUUGGUUCACUGUCUUGGUGGAGCAAGUCGUUCAGCUACUCUCUGUCUGGUUUAUCUUAUGAAGUAUCAAAACAUGAAACUGCAAGAUGCUUAUCGCUACCUUAAAAAAUGCCGUCCAGUUGUCCGUCCAAAUAAUGGGUUCUUCAGUCAGUUGAUAGAAUAUGAAAAAAAGCUUUUUGGAGAGAGUACUGUCAAAAUGGUUGAGGUACCAAGUGUGGGCCCAGACCUUGUGGUUCCAGACAUAUUCCUAGAGGAAUAUAAAGGCUUUGUUUGGUUGAAAAGUGUGAAAGCUUCUCUAUCUAAAAAGGAGUAAACAGUGUGAACCACUUUGUAAUUAUUGUUUGUCUGACAUAUAAAUAAUUCUGUUUUUUUUGUUUCAUUUCUACAUGCAUGUUAUGAAUGAACAGGUGAAUCUCAAAACACUUCUAUGAUAUAUAUUUUCAAGUGCAUCUAAACUGAGAACUUGAAUUAAAAUGAAGUUUGUAUGUUAUAAAAUUGAAUUGUUGGUAUAUUUACAGUAAAUUACAAAAUACACACAAUGUGAAACAGGAGUUUCAUCCUGAGUGAUUAUUUACAAUAUUUACAAUGAAAGUUUUAAUAAUAUCUUCUUUUUUUUCUGCAUACAUUUAUAUGUAUAAUAAAUUAACCCAAAUAUUAAAGUGUCUUUGAGUCUGGGUAUAUAAUGUACAUUUCAAUCUUGAAACUUAUAUUUAAAAUAUAAACUUAAAAGUUAUGGUUUCAUACUGAUAAUUGUUUUAUCAUGAUUUAGACUGAAGGUGUGGUGCAUGGGAUACAUGACACCUAUACACUAGCAGAAUGUUCAUUUGAAUAUUUAUCUGUAAGUAUUUAAAGUGAGGCAGAGUAUGAAAUAUAAGAUGUAGACACAUGUUCGACAAGUGUCAUUGGUUUGCCCCUAAACUUGGCAAAACAGAGAAGACAUUCUAGAAGAAUGACCUACUUCGAAA